ACAGUGACAGCUUUGUUGACGAAGUGACUGACGUCUAAAAACUUUUUUUGGUAAAUUAUGGUGUGUCGGUGCUUCCAAAGCCACACAUGUUAUUAAUUAUGUGAUUUUUAAUUAAAUUAAUCCCAUAAUUUGAAUAAAAAACAUUCCUGUUUCUAGUACAAUACAUUAACUUUUGGUUAUAGAAGAUUUUGCAUAAACACCAGCCAUGUCAUCAACUUGAUUAAAUAAAGGAGAACUACAGAAAUGAAGAGUUUUAUCUGAAAUCUAGUUUUUACUAAAGGAAAAAGAUCUUCCAGUGAUAAUUACCUUAUCUCUCUAAUUUUUCUAAGAUCUCAAAUCUUAAGCUACAGUAUUAAGUCAUAGGGAAACCCUGAAAUCGUCCUAAUUGUAGGUUGUGAGAAACGAAAUAUUCCAUUACUAGCAGGAUUAACAUUUAUGACACACUGAAUCUUAGCAGACCUAAACAGGACAGUUUUUUCUCUUGACACUCAAAAUAGUAUGGAAGAAGUCAACGAGAGCCAAUUACAGUCUGACAAUAUGCCGGAAAAGUCUAGUAUAGAGUAUGAAAUUCGUGCAAAAAGUGAACUCAGGAAUCAGAAGCAACCUCAGUCUCCAAAAAAUGAUACUAUUAAAUCUGAAAUCCUUCAUUAUCAAAAAUUAUUGGGUGACUUUGAAAAAACAAUAUCUAAUCAAUGUUCAGAGCUAGAAAAACUAAAACAAGAACAUGAAACAACAAGUAGGCACUUUGCUACUUUGGAAUUGGCCUUCUCAGAUGUUUUACAGAAGUAUGAUAGAAGUAAAAUAAUAGUAGAUGGUUUCAAAAGUAAUGAAGAAGCAUUGACUCAGAAUCUCCAAAUUGCAGAGGAAAAACUUAAGCAAAAUGAGGCAAAGUAUGAGUCACUGAAGACCUACGCAAAAUCUCAAAUAGAAAAGUGUAAUAUAGAAAUAUUGAAUGUUAGGGAUAAGUAUGAAUUUGAAAGUAGCAAGCUCAGGGCAUUGAUCAAACGGCUAGAGAUCAAAUGUUCAUCAUUAGAAACGUCAUUAAAUCAAAAAACUGAGGAAUGUGAGCAGUUAUCUGCUCUGUGUGAUGAUAUCACAGGGAAACAAGUAUAAAACUAUUUAUAUCAGGUUUAUACCAGCUUUUUGCCUAAAAAUGUCAGUUUUAUCAUUAUUAUUUACCUUGUCUUGGUGUUUGUCCUUGUCUUAAUAUUUAUAUCAACAUUUUUUGUUAACUUUUAAUUAAUAUUGUACUAAUUUAUUAUGUUAAGUAUUAAAUUGACAUUUUUUGGUUACUCAUAUCCAAAUAUUAUGUUUUGUGAUUUGUUGUUUUUUACUGCAUAAUUGUCACUAUAUAAUUUUUAUAUUUUCUUAUUUACAUUUUAUUGUUAUUAAUUUAUAUUUUUAUAUCAGAUUUUUUGUCAUUUUUGUAACAUAGUUAUUCAAAAUACUUAAUAGUACAGUACCUAUUAAAAUGAUAGUCUAGAAGUAUUAAGUAUGUACAUUCUUAUUUUAUACCAUAUAUUCUAAUUUAUUACAGAUCAUCUCAUUUUUCACAAAUUAUGUACAUACAUUUUUAUUGUAGUAUAAAUUGCAAUAAUUUCCUUAACUAUCAAAGCUUCAUAUGCUUGGACUUGACCUGCUAAAAAAUUUAUUAAUUAUAGCUUUAAUUUUUUUUUAUUAGAAAUUAAUUAGCCCUUUUUACUUAUUUCGAAUAGUAGUAUAUAAACUAUAGUGUUAAUGUUGCGAAUAUAUAAAUUGUUUAUGAGUAUUUAUUAUUUAAAUACAUGUGCAAAAAUGCAACUUUUUUUGUAGACCGUUUAUUUUUCUACUAUUUCCUGUGGUGCUUUUGUGUAUUAUUUGAAGAAGUGUAAUAGAACAAAUACACUGUUAUGUAUAAAGUUUGAGCAAUGUAAUGAGGAUGUAAGAUUACAUACAUUUAAAAUGUAUGUAAAUUAAAAUAUGCAGGGUGGAUAAAAAAAAUAUCUCCUUAAAUCAUUUUGAUAUGAAUAAUAAAUUUCUAUGUAAUAAAUAAUGGGGUUUGAAUAGGAAAAGAAAAUAAAAUAAUUUAACUGGUUUAAGUAAGAUAUGCAAUAUUAAUCUUUAUUAUUUAAUAUUAUUCCAGUUUUCUAAAAUUAAACCCUAUAUUUCUUUCUUAAGUAGACAUUGGGAGGUAAGGGUAUAGAUAAACCUAGCAGGAUAGAACCAGUUUUUAGAACUUAUAAAAACUGCUUUUGAUAUCUUCGACUGUAAACUAAUAUAAUUGGUUGUAAUAUUAUCCUCAUAUUGUUACAUACUGACCUGCAUAUUUUUCCUAAUUUCAUAAGGUGAGUGAUUCUGUAAUCCCGCUACUUUUAAUAAAAUUACUCUAGAUUUCCAGCCAUAAUUCUAUAAGGUUCUCGAUUUUCUUACCAAUUAUAAAAAUUGUGGCAUCUGGAGUAUUUCUAAUUCAAAAUAGCAGUAAGAAAAUAUAUUAUUAAAACAGAAAAUCUCAUUAUUCCAUAUUACAGAAAAUCUACUACUUUCCGUACAAUUAAGAAAUUGUAGAAUUAUUAUUUAUUGUAAACUAGGUGCUACUUUAGAUUAUAUUAUAUAUAUAGGCUAUAUUUUCCAACAGAAAUAAUAAAAUGCAAUGUAACGACCUAGUCCAGUAGUUAUAAUUGUAUCGUUUUUAAAUACGACAUACUAAUUUUUAGCGCAAAAUUUAUUCUCUAUUUAAGAAAAUAAUUAACAAAAAUAUUAUAUACUCUUAAAGGCUCCCUUUUCCCUACUGUUUAAAAAAUAUCUCAUAUAAAUUGGCUUUUUAUUGAAAAAAAAGAUAAUAUUAUUUUUAAACACGCACUUAGAUAAACAAACAAGUUGUAUUUAUUUAUUUUUGUAUAAUUCAGGAUUUAUUUAAAAUAUUCAUAAGAUAUACUUAAAAGGCUGUUUUUAUUUUCAAAAAUCUUGUCAAAUAGAAGUGAUUUGUAUGUAUUCAAAAAAAUAGUAAAUAAAGAGAAGUUAAAUCUUAUAGGAAGGAUUUGGCUUCGAAUUAAUUUAUAAACCCACGUCUAUUUUUAAUCAUAAGCACUAUAAUAAAGCACACUAACGCUGAAUCAAUGGUUCCCAAUCCAAGUAGAUCAAUAUUACUAUUAAAAAAAACAUACAACUUUUCUGUAUAACAUGUUUAUUGAAAAAAUACACAAACUACGAAUGGCAGUGUUUUAAACCUAAAGAUGAAAGAGCAUACAAUAAUAAAAUAAAAAAUGACAGGUAUAUAUAGUAAGGAUUUUGCCUUAAAUAAUAAUACUUUUUAAAUGCUAUUGGAAUAAAGUAGAGGAAUGCUGUCAGUAGUAACCUAAAAGAGAGUCUAUGGCUGCCAAGAUUCAAUCACAACACACUUACAUAGAAGCCAAGGAAUGUAAAUAAACUAUAGAAACCGAACAUUUACAAAUCCGUACGCUAAACUUAAGAAUAUUUAGUUAUUUUGUCGCAUUAUUUCUUAAUUAACCGCAAUGCGAGGACUUUUCCAUUUAACAUUUCUCGUUGGAUUGAUUUAUUUAAAUAUGCUAAAAUUUUACAAAACUAUAUCUUUGAGCUUAAAUUAAAAAUAUUAUUAUCUUAAUAGUGUUCGGUAAGAAGGAUUUGAGAAAAGUGUAGGAAUACCCUGGCUGAAAUUGCUUCUUAUGGAAGUAAUUAAGUUGCGGUCCUUGUCCAGAGUGGUGAUGCAAAUAAAACAAUAUUAUUACGUUAUUAUCAUUAAAAUAAAAAAAGUAGUGUCGUAGAAGAAAAAAAAAUCUAAUUGCCGCAUUAGCUGCCAAGUUUAUUUAAAUAACACAGAUAUUUUAGGAGAUUCAUAGUCAAUUAACUGAAUGUCAUAAGUUAACUCAUAAAUAGGAAAACUUUGUGCACAAUAAAAUAUCCAACUAAAAUGAAUUUACAAAAUUAAGUAUUACUUGCACAUUAUAGCGUUAAAUUUACAAAAUUUCGGAAAAUGGAUGAAUGUGCCUUAGUAUAAUGACAGAUAAAGUCUAACUUGUAAUGUGCUCCUACAUUUUUUCCAAAAUUAGCCAUGUUCUUACCAAACACCCUAUGUAUUAUCCUCUAGGUCUAGUUUUUUUGCAAAGCUGUUGAAAACAACUUUAUUUACUUACACCUACCUAAUAUAUAUUUGCAGUGGAUGGGCGUUCUUUUAAGUAACAGUUACUAUGGUACUAAAAGAACCAUCCAUUUACAAAAUGCUAAAAAUCACAUUUUUCCUAACGUGACAUUUUUUAUAUCGUAAAUACAAAACAAAACUUCAUUCUACAAACCUAAAAAAUAUUUACCCUAAAUAUAAAAAACUAUAUAAAUACACUGCAAAAUGGCUCUAUAAAGCUAAAUACAAAAUUUCUCUAGCUUUAAUUCAUAAGAAUAAUUUGUUCGUAAAAAAAAUUAUCUGUUACAUGAUUAUUUACUGGUGUUGUCACAGCCACUAGUGUAAGUUUUUCAUUUGAUUUGACUCUUUUUUUUUAAUGAAAAUAUACUUCAAU